AUGGACCAGCAAGGACACGGGCAGCCUCCAUCUAGCUCUGCCGGCCAAAUGUCUUAUGCUCCAAACCCAUACAACCCGAACCAAAUCCCGGUUCCUCAAACCACUGGCCAAUUAGCUACUUCCACAGCUCAACCCUCAGGCUCUCAGCUCGCUCAACAUCAAGUGGCCUACCAGCAAAUCUACCACCAACAGCAGCUACAGCUCCAACAACAACUCCAGUCCUUCUGGUCGAACCAGUACCAAGAGAUCGAAAAAGUCACCGACUUCAAAAACCACAGCCUUCCCUUAGCAAGAAUUAAAAAAAUCAUGAAAGCCGAUGAGGACGUGAGGAUGAUCUCUGCCGAGGCUCCAGUAGUCUUCGCUAGAGCAUGCGAGAUGUUCAUACUCGAGCUCACCUUGCGAGCGUGGAACCACACAGAGGAGAACAAGAGAAGGACGCUACAGAAGAACGACAUAGCUGCAGCAAUCACGAGGACUGAUAUUUUCGAUUUCUUGGUCGAUAUUGUUCCUAGAGAGGAUUUGAAAGACGAGGUUCUUAGUUCAAUCCCCCGAGGGACAGUGCCUGUUGGUGGUCCUGGCGACGGGAUGCCUUACUGGGCACAACAUCAAGUUGGUACUCCCGGGAUGAUUAUGGGGAAGCCGAUGAUGGAUCCUUCAGCGAUGUAUGCUCAGCAAGGGAUUCCAUAUAUGGGGCAGCCCAUGUGGCCACAGCAGCAGCAGCAAGGGUCCGACCAGCAGCACCAGCACCAGCAUGAAUCAUCUUCUGAUCAGCAGUAA